CUAACACCUCCAACCCGACUCAAAACACCAAAGAUCGACUUCAAGCACACACAGAUGUUCUCCAGAAGCGUAUUGUCAACCGCCCGUUCUUAUUACACUUCCACCUCCCAACCCGCUCAAGCUACACAUCAUCUCAUCACCCUCGUUCGUUCCCCUAUUGGUCUCACCAAAGACUCAAAACAGACUCUUGUCGCUUUGGGCCUCCACAGAUUACGCCAAUCUGUACUUCAACCAUUUGGCGAAGUUACAGCUGGUAGGAUACUAAAAGUCAAGGAACUGGUGCAAGUAGCGAACGUCACCAAGGAAGAAGGAGAGGCUUUGAUGAAGAGGAGAAGAGGAGAGGGCAAUGGGGUUGAACCCUCAGGGAGAGUGUACGGGGGAGGCAAGGGGCUUGUUGAGAGCGAAAUAUAGAUGAAGGAGCGAUUGACUAUGUCUAAAUUUGGACAUUUGUGUAACACCAUCUGAUUAUGCACUGAUUCAUACCAUUCG